AUGCUCAAACCAACAAUUCUAGUAAUUCUUCUAAGUUGCUUGCUUUUCUGCUCAACAUUCUUAGACGCAAAGUUUUCUCCAAGUGAUGCUCAAGCUAUCCAAGAUGCUGCCUUUACAGUUUCAUCAGGUUUUGCUGCUAGUGCUAUUGUGUAUCCAGGUGGUAACACAAUUAGUUUGUUCUCUGGAAAUGGUGACGCCACCACUAAGGUUCGUAUUGGUGAUUUGACCAAGUUGUUGGUUGCUACUCAAAUGUUCAGAAUGAGAGAUGCUGGAAAGUUGAAACUCGAUGAUGCUCUCACUAGUACAUUCUCCAAGUUUCCAAUUUCCUCUGUAACUUUGAGACAAUUAUCCACACACAUGAGCGGUCUCGGUAGACAAGCUCCUUGCAAACUCUUUGAUUGUAAUCUUUCUAGUGAUGAAGUCGUUAAGGCAAUGACCGAUUCUGGUCUUCCUGGACAUUCGUCAGCUAUACAUGAACCAUACUCUGUACCAGUUUAUUCUGACUUUGGUUAUUGUUGGUUGAGUCAAGCUCUUGCCAAGAUGAAUGGCCAAUCCGUCUCUUCUAAUCUUAAGGAUGUAAUGAAAAGUGCCUCCAUGUCCAACUCUGGUCUCGUCUCUGAUCUCCUCACUGUUUCCACUCACGUUACUCCAAGCUAUGCUGGCAAUGCCACCAUCACAUUCGAUUCUGAAGUAAAGUCUGGUUGGUGUGAAGGUUCCAUGGAUGCUUACUCUACAUUGCAAGAUUUGACCUAUUAUGCCUCCUCAAUCUUGAAUGAUGAAAGUAUUCUUACUCGUCAAACUGUUCGUGAAUUUUUCACUCCUCAAUAUAUUUCUCCAGACGCUCAAAAUGCAACUGGUUUUGCCUUUGAAAUGAGUCACGAUAGCAAGUAUAACGUAUGGAAGAGAUCUAAGAGAGGAAACGUUCUCGGAUUUUCUUCUCACAUGAUCUUUGUUCCAGAAUACAAGUUUGCAAUCAUUUCAAUUUCUUCCAAUAGAGAUGUCUUUGCUACAUAUAUUGCUGAACAAAUUUAUGCUAAGGCUGUUGGAACACUUAUGAGUCAAUAUGUGUCUGUCAUGCCAGCAUUUGUUUUACCUCCAGCUCAAGAUCAAGCCAAGUACCAAGGUACCUAUUUGUGUAAUGCUGAUGGAACCAAUGCCACUUUGUAUUAUCAAGAUGGUCAAACUAUUAUGAACAUUAAUUUGGGUGGAAUUUAUGUUAAUUUUGAUUUGGAUUACCAACCAAAUAAUGCUUUCAUUAUUAGAGAUAUUCAAGAAGCUGCAUAUAUCGAUUCUUUGACAUUGUUUAAGGGAGGUUACGGAAAUGAAGUUCUUAGAUUCUCAAAUGAUAAGGACGGUAACUUGUACUUCUGGAUGCCAGGUCUUGAUUGGUUCGUUGCUUACACUAAGAUUAGUUCUGAUGUCAAUCCAAAGGCAAGUGCUAGAUCCCUCAAGUCUCAAGUCAGAGCAUUGAAGGCAGCUGAUUCAAACCCUAAAUGUAACAUUCUUCCAAGAUCUGCAGAAAUUGAUGUUUCAACUCUUCAAUCUGCUUUAACAGACCUCAAGAAUAACAUGGUUAAAUCUAUUUUGGUUGACAAUGGCGCAAAGAAUGGAUCAGGAAUUAUUCUUGCCAAAUAUAGAGAUACUGUUGUUAUGAACCAAGGUGUUGGUCAAGUUGGUACAAAGGGUAAGGAAACUGAAACCCCUACUGCCGAUUCCAUCUUUAGAGUUGCCUCUGUCACUAAAGUUUUUACCAGUAUGGCUGCUUUGAUUGCUCAAGAAUUGGGUAUUAUUAAGAGUAUUGAUGAACCAAUCACUAACUAUGUUAAAGAUUUCCAAUAUACUAACAAGUACUUUACGACAGCAACUAACAAGAUUACUUUCAGACAAUUAAUGAUCCAUGGUGCUGGUUUGUCUAGAACUUCCCCUUGUGACCCAUAUAAUUGCAGUAUGACUUUUGAUGAAUACAGAAAAGCCACUGUUGACUUGUUGCAAUUUAUGGCUCCAUCCAUCAGUGAUCGUUAUUACAGUAAUGUAGACUUUACUAUUUUGGGUAGAGUUCUUGAAUUGAUUACAGGUAAAUCAUUCAGAGAAUUCUGUAAGAUUAACAUUUUCGACAAGUUGGGCAUGUCAAACACUGGAUUUGAUUAUACUUCUGAUAUUCUUUCCAAGAUGGUUGUUGGUAGAGAUCCAGAUUAUUUGACCAUGUUGUUGGCUCAAGAACCUGCUGGUGGCAUGUACAGUACUGCUAAUGAUAUGUUAAAAUUCUUCUCUUGUUUCACUUAUAGCUCUCUUAACAAUGCCAAUGCUUGUCCAGUUCCAAUUUCAAAGGAUGCUAUGAGACAAUUCAUGCCAACAUUCUUGGCUAACGAUGCUACGUUCACCAUUGGUUUGGGUGCCUUUGAAACCAUGUAUGACAACAAAAAUAACUUGUUCUACUUGACUAAGGGAGGUUCUGUUUAUGGUUACAAUGCCAAACCAUUGGUUGUUCCAGAACUUGAUUUUGUAAUGAUUACUUUAGCUUCUUUGAACUCUCCAGUUGCUAACAAUAUUGCUCUCAAGAAUGCUCCAAUUAUUUUCACUCCAAUUAUUGAACAACUCCGUAAGAGUGUUGUUGCCCCAGCUUAUCCUGAUGGUCUCUUGGAUAGAAUUCAAGGUUCCUACACUGGUUAUAUUUCAUCAUGGUUUGCCAAUGGUACCAUUGUCCUCUAUACUGAAACUGCUAAGGCCACUCAAAAUCUUGGACCAUCAACUGUUCUUAAGGGACAUCUCUUGGAAAAUGGAUUGUCAUUCUAUGUUGUUCCAGUUAGUCAAAAUGGAAAGGUCCAUACUAUGAAGAUUAAGACCAAUUUGGAUAUUGAUUGUGCUACUAGUACAUUCUCUGGAUUUAUGAAUGCUCCAAUGGUUGUUGACUUGUCUGAUGCUACUGUUACCCUUUCUCUCCCAACCCUCAAUUUUGGUAACAAAUUCACUUCCCUCACUGUAAAGAGUGCAUCUGCUUCAGUUUUCUCUAGUCUCUUGGCUGUCCUUUUGGCCAUUGCCUCUGUUUUCCUUUUGUAA